AUGGAUAAGGUCUACACUCAUUGGAAAAAGCUCCGAUUUAAUGACUUAAAGAUUCUGAAAGAUAAUUCAUUGGAUAUUACCAUCGAAACCAAGUUGGAAGUCAUAAUGGAAAUAUUCUCUAAAGUGGAUGACACUAUGAAAUUGCACAUCAAAGAACAACUUCGAAGAAUCGCAUAUCCGGAAACCACUGAUUUAAAACCUCCAUCCCAAUCGGUGAAGACCAAAGGUGCACCUAAAAAGGUGAAAAGCACUCAAGAUGAUACUUCGACGAAGAUGACUCCUUCUUAUCAUGAAGUUGUUGAUGAACUAUUCCCGGAUUCUUCAGCACCAAAUUCCGAAACAAGUGUCUUCAAGAGAGCUCGCACAUUUAAACCACCUCAAACACCACCCGUUGUGAAACCAUCGGCAAUGCCUUCGAUUAAGAGAACAAUUCGACCACUGAUUAUCUAUAUUGACGAGAUGUCGCUUUUCAUGCACCAACAUAUCGAAAAGAUCAUUGAUGUGGGUUCAGAUGGUAAUUGUGGGUAUCGGUCCGUGGCCGCUUUAAUCGGCAAAGGCGAGAAGAAUUACACUCUUGUGCGCCAUGCACUUAUUUCAGAGUUGAUCAGACACAAGGAUACUUACAAAAAUAAUUAUCCUAAUAAGGGUGAGUUUGAAAAAGUUCACAGUUUGCUUGUUCCAUGUAUUUCCCAGUCUGUUCCACUGGACAAGUGGAUGAGCUUCCCUGAAAUGGGUCAUCUGAUAGCCGGUACUUGA